AGGACCGGAGGACCUGUCGAGAUCUGAACGAGUGUGCUGAAGGUCUGCACGGGUGCCAGCAGGUCUGUGAAAACACCUUCGGUUCAUACAGGUGCAGAUGUACCCCUGGUUUUCAGCUCUCAGCAGAUGGCGUAUCCUGUACUGAUGUGGAUGAGUGUCUUCUGCCCACCAUCAGCGUCCACUGUGCGUUUGGCUGCAUUAACACGCCGGGUAGUUUCCACUGUCGCUGUCCUUCAGGCUACACUGUCAACAUCACCACUGGACACUGUACAGACGUAGAUGAAUGUAUGGAAGAUGGGCGGCGUGAACCAUGUGCGCACACGUGUGUGAACACACCAGGCUCUUUUUACUGUACCUGUUCAAAUGGGUUCCAGUUGGGUGGCGAUGGGAGGGCCUGUGUUCCAGAGUGUCCACCAGGGUACCACAAACGGUACGAUGCACCAGAAGGAAAUUCAACUACACCGCAUUGCGUUGAUAUUGAUGAAUGUAUGGAAAUGACAGAAAGGAAACAGGAUCAGCAGCACAGAUGUGCAUGGAGGUGUGUUAACCUGCCAGGCACCCACCACUGCAUCUGUCCCCGGGGAUUCAUUCUGCAUCCUAAUAAAUACCUCUGCAAGGAUAUUGAUGAAUGUGUGGUAAGGAAUGGGGGCUGCUUGCACAUCUGCGUAAACUAUCAGGGUGGCUACAAAUGCACCUGUCCUGAAGAUCAUCGUCCCUCUCCAUAUGACCGGAGAAAGUGCUGGCCAGUUCAAAAUGCUCAAAAUACUUCGGUUAUAAGUAAAUACAUGUACAUACAUUGAA